UCCCGCGGCAGCAGAGUCGGCCGGCGCCGCCCUCCGCGCAGGCGGCCAGGGGGGCUCAGGCGAACUACGAGAGGGAGGGGCGGGGUCGGGGUGGAAGCGCGGAGCAUGGCGAGGCCGCUCGGCUUCGUCGCUGCUGCAAGGCUCGGAUCAUGGGCGGCAGUCAGUCGCGGCGCCCCGAAGGCCGCCUGUUCGACGAAAUGCGUCAACCACCUGCCUUUUCUGCCACAGGCUUUUGAAUAAUCGUGCUCUCUUCUUGUGCCAGUUUCGCUCAACUGCUUGCCAAUAUCAGCGUUACAUUCUGCAUCUGAAGAAUGCAGUGUCCAUGACAGCUAGUGGACUCUUGCAGACUUCAGAGUAUUCACUUCAGGCUUUCUGAAUAAUGCUGUACCUCAGCAGUUGCUUACUGAUUGCCCCAGAUUCGCAAAGCCCUUUUAUCUGGUGCCUGGGGUCUGAAACUGGAAGCUCCCUCAUCUUAGCCAUGUUUCCGCUCUCACCCUCGCCAGUCAUCUCCAGGCAUGAAGAGGCUUCAGAUAUGAAAUAUGUGCUGCUGACAACAGAGUGCUUCAAAUAUGAAGUGAUCUAUUCUAGCUAAGCCAACAGUUGUUUAUUUAUGUUCCACUGAUUUGGCAGACCAGAUGAAGAUCAACCCCCACCGUUAUUCUCUCAAGACCCCCUGCCCAACAAACAUACCUGUCUGAUGGCCGGAAUAAACAUGUCGACACAAAAAGGGCAAGAAGCUCAUGUCAAUAUAAGCAUUGGAGCAGCAGGUAACCUGAAGCCUGAUUCUGAUGUCGACAUAAGGCAGCAGAAGCCAAUUGAACUAGGGGAACAUGGCAUUCUGGACUUGCAGAAAAUAGGGUGGGUACUUCGGCUGCGGUGGUCGUGGCUGCUGGGCACAUCGCCGUCAUGGUUGUGGCAAGAAUUCAGACUGCCCUGCACCAACACUGUACAUGUAUUGUUCCAAGCCUCCACCUAUGUAACUGUCGGCAAUGGUCGCAACACCCGCUUCUGGACUGACUGCCGGAUGGAUGAUCGCUCACCAGCAGAUGUUGUUCCAACCGUCCUCCAAGCUGUACAGUACAGCCGCAUCUCUGUUGCCAACUCCGGACUGUCGGACUGUACUGUAUGCGAUGACCUUCACAACAACAGAAUCAAUUCCACAUUUUCAGGUUUCCGAAAGGACGAAGGCAGUCUUAUCUGGAGUUGAUCUGAAUCAGGGAAAUGCAUCACCGAAUUUGCUUACUGGGCGUUCUUCAAUGGCACUGUCGAGUUCCCAUUCUAGGAAGAACGGAAUGACACUUCAAAAAUCAUAUCUUAAAAGAAUGAUGUGAGUAUGUCCAGAACCAUUCCAACUUUUUGAGGCAGCUUUCCUCACCUGUAGCAUUUUAUAGUAAAAAAAAAGUUGCAGAAACAUUAUGCAUCGACAUUUAACAAGAUAAAAAGGUAACAGUAAAUUAUACCAGCACCAAUGAUUCUUACCGGUUUGCUAGAAUCACUCCGUCCUCCAGAUGACUGUGUAAGCGGUCCAAGGUGGGAAUACUUCUUACCGUUUGCUAGAACCAGCCUGGCAUGGGAUUACUGGUUGGGGUUACUUUCGGAAGAUCCAUCAUCAACAUUAUGACUGGAACACCCCUUCAUGUCCGUGAUGAAAACCCUUUAUCUGGCCUUUAUUGGUCGGGCUCGACAAUGAUGAACUUGCGUCGUGACCUUGUUGAAGGCAUUGUCUCCUUGUCGUAUUGGCCUUUAUUGGUCGGGCUCGAGAAUGACGAACUUGCGUCGUGACCUUGUUGAGGGCAUUGUCUCCUUCUCGAACCGGCCUUCACUAAUUGAUCAUGAUAAUUAGGAUGAAAAUCCUUGUUCAGGUCGUCUCGAUUCGGACACGGUGAUGAUGUUUAUCUCUUCUUAAAGGCGUUGUUGCGGAAGAAGUCAAGUUGGCCCUAGUACUGCAGCAUUAUUGAUGAGCGAUCACCACGGAGAGCACAUGGAUUAACAUGGUGGCACUGGCAGACGCAUUACUGUGACUACUUUCAGGUUGUCGACUGGGCAACUUGCAUAAGCAAUUAACAAUUUAGCAUGUAGAAAAAUGAACAUGAAAUUGCGUCCCAAGCACCAAGCUUAUUCAGAGGGCCGAGCAUGGUUGGUACUUUCGGUUCAUCGAGUUCUGCCGUAAAUUGAAUACUUGACUGAACUAUCGAGUGCAUGUAGUUGCACUCGAGUCAGCUUGUACCUUCUUUUCUAUCUGGAUUACCAUCGAUAGCAGGAACACGUACAUAUUCAAAAAAGUUCAAGGAAACCCAUAAGCACAAGCUAACAAGCAGCACUAUCUUGAAAAAUGAGUCUGACUACAUGUUGGUUUAAAGGCAUUUGAGACGGAUCGGCCUCCUAACCACCUGCGUCACAGACAGUAGCAGAUGAUGGUUCAAAAUAAUUAUAUGUGCCUCUGCCCGGUUGUCAUCUGACUCUCAUAUUCAGCUACUAAUGAGAUGCAUGAUUUCUUUGCCAAUUGCCAUCAGCUUUGAGGAAAAUCUGCACAGGUUACGGAGGUAUGAUCUAUCAGCGAAUCCCGCGACAUCACUGGAGUUCUACACGUAGUCAUCGCUUCACCGGACUUAUUUGGUUGGUCUACAUAUGAACACUGCACGACCUGAUUCCUGUUGCCUCCCAUGCUUACUUUUCACUCAUGGAUCGUUGGCAAAACUUGGACUCUACGAGUGUGUACUCGCUCUUUCUGUGUAUGUGAAGAUGUCAUGGUUAUCUGGACCAUGACCUCUCAUUGCUCAAGUCACAUGUGUAUCGAUA